CGGGACCGCAGGCGAGUCCGGCGCCGGAAGAAGGGUUCGGUUCCGGGCCGCGCGGCGUCAUGGAGUCGCUAUGGCGGCUGAAGCGGUUUGACGCUUUUCCUAAGACCCUAGAAGAUUUUCGGGUUAAGACGUGCGGGGGAGCGCUGGUGACGGCAGUUAGCGGGCUCAUCAUGGUGCUGCUUUUCUUCUCGGAGCUGCAGUACUACCUCACCAAGGAGGUUCAUCCAGAAUUAUACGUUGAUAAAUCAAGGGGAGAUAAACUGAAGAUCAAUCUAGAUGUUAUUUUUCCACAUAUGCCUUGUGCUUAUUUGAGCAUUGAUGCAAUGGAUGUAGCAGGAGAGCAGCAGCUGGAUGUAGAGCACAAUCUGUUUAAACAACGUUUGGAUAAAGCUGGGAAUCGUGUAACUCCAGAGGCUGAGAGACAUGAGCUGGGAAAAGAAGAAGAAAAAGUGUUUGAUCCAAAUUCUUUGGAUGCUGAUCGCUGCGAGAGCUGUUAUGGGGCAGAAUCAGAGGACCUUCGGUGUUGUAAUACUUGUGACGAUGUCAGAGAAGCGUACAGGCGGCGAGGCUGGGCCUUCAAGAACCCAGAUAGCAUAGAGCAGUGCAAGAGGGAAGGGUUUAGCCAGAAAAUGCAAGAGCAGAAGAAUGAGGGCUGCCAAGUGUAUGGUUUCCUAGAGGUCAACAAGGUAGCUGGAAAUUUUCACUUUGCACCAGGAAAAAGUUUUCAACAGUCUCAUGUACAUGUUCACGAUCUGCAGAGCUUCGGACUUGAUAGUAUCAAUAUGACGCACUAUAUCAAACAUCUCUCGUUUGGAAGGGAUUAUCCAGGCAUUGUGAACCCUCUGGAUGGGACAGCCGUCACUGCACAGCAAGCUUCCAUGAUGUUUCAAUAUUUUGUGAAAGUGGUCCCCACUGUGUAUAGGAAAGUAGAUGGUGAAGUGGUAAGAACUAACCAGUUCUCAGUUACACGACAUGAGAAAAUAGCAAAUGGGCUACUGGGAGACCAGGGUCUGCCGGGUGUCUUUGUGCUGUAUGAGCUUUCACCCAUGAUGGUGAAGCUGACAGAGAAACACAGGUCCUUUACUCACUUUCUCACUGGAGUUUGUGCCAUUGUUGGAGGCAUAUUUACAGUUGCCGGUUUCAUUGACUCCUUGAUCUAUCACUCAGCACGUGCCAUCCAGAAGAAAAUUGAACUUGGGAAGACAACAUAAAUAAGCAAUGGCAUCAGCCCAUUUAAAAACAGACAAACCAAAACCAAACAAAUGAAAACAAACAACAACAAACAAAACAACAUAACCCCUCCCCAAGCCUCCAAGGAGAGCUGAGCAGACUCUUUGAAGCACAAGUGAUCUUCUGAGAGUGCACAGGAGAAGAGGUUUGGAACUUGCAGGUGGCCCUAACCACUCAUAUGUUACUGCACCCUGAUUCUUUGGCCUUAGUUUGUGGAUGAAACAACUUAAACCUUGCUGCUAUAAAGAUUAGCUAUCAUAUCAGGCUCUGCAGGCCCUACUGUCACACUCUUUUUGUGUCAGUCCAUGUUCUUCCUUCCAGUUCUAUUCCCCUUCCCAACAGAGAUGCUGGAGAUACUGCAUUCUGUUUGCCUCUAGGUAUAAUGUACUUUAUUAUCAAGAGACCUGUAAGAGAUUGAAGUUGCCAUCAAAUAGGCUUUCUAGCAACACCAUCAGAGAUUUUUAAUUUUUCCAUAAAAUGUUUCUGGGUGUGCUGAUGCUGUAUGUCAGACCUCCGUAAAAAUGUGCUGAAUCACAUCUUUUGCCUUCCAGCCAUCCUGGGCUGAAUUUUAAUUGAUUUUUUAAUUGGAUUUUUUUUUUCAUUUCCCUUUGGUAUAGAUUUUCAAGUCCAUCCUCUCUUGUUUUAGUAAGGCUUAUGGAAGAAUAAUUAAAUUAUUUGAACUAGUCCUGAUACUGAAUUGGAAAUAAGAAUUAAAAGACACAUUGCAUUGUGGCAAAGCGUGUAGAGAUUGUGAUGAUGAUGGGGCUUUUUUAUGUUAAAUCAUUACACAAGUGAAUAAAGUGCUUGGUAUCUGAAACUA